AUAAACUUCAUAUAUAUCAUAUGAGAGAAUACCAAAGUGUUUGGGAGGCUAGUUCAAUAUUUCAGAACCUCGCCGGAUGUUCUCUUCCUCUCGCCCAACCUCAAGACCAUGGCCAACUCUCCCCUCUCCCUCCCGUCCUCCCUUCAAAACCCAUCACCCCUUCAUCCUCCUCCUCCCGAAGCUCUCCACCUCGCCCUCGGACCCUUCUCCUUCCUCCCCCUCCUCCUCCUCCUCCGCCGCAGCCGCCGCUGGCAGCGUCCGCCGCCUCGUCCUCACCCCGGAAGGCCGGACUAAGCUGAACACCCUCCCGGACCGAGAAUUCUACUCCUUCCCGCGCUUCGUGACCCACGUCGACGACGGCUUCAUCGCGGCGCUGACCGAGCUCUACCGCGAGAGGCUGCGGCCCGGGGCCCACGUGCUGGACCUGAUGAGCUCGUGGGUGAGCCACCUGCCGCCGGAGGUGCAGUGCCGGUACGGGAGGGUGGUCGGGCACGGGCUCAACGCGCAGGAGCUGGCGCGCAACCCCCGCCUCGACCACUUCUUCGUCAAGGAUCUCAACCGGGAUCACCACCUUCAGCUCCACGCUCAAAGCUUUGAUGCCGUGCUGUGCGCUGUCAGCGUGCAGUAUCUUCAGUCGCCGGAGAAGGUGUUUGCUGAGGUGUUUCGAGUGCUCAAGCCUGGGGGUGUCUUCAUUGUAAGCUUCAGCAAUCGGCUGUUUUAUGAGAAGGCCAUAAGUGCUUGGCGAGAUGCAACCGACUACAGCAGAGUUCGGUUGGUAAUGCAAUAUUUCCAGUCCGUGGAGGGAUUCACUCAGCCUGAAGUUGUGAAGAAGUUGCCCGUGAAAGCUGAUGAUGAUCAAACGCCUUUGCAUGGGAUCAUGAGGUUGCUUGGAUUCUCAAGAUCAGAUCCAUUCUAUGCAGUCAUUUCUUAUAGAAACUUCAAAUCGACGAACGAAAUGCAAUAGAAAUUAGGAGAUUAUGUAUUAUUCAAAGUUCUUGGAGAUCUAAUUAAAUGUUUGUGAGAGUUCGUUUGGCAUCUUGUUGUAGAAGUAGAAUUGCUCAUUCUGUUUGAGAAGUAACAAGGGAGGCAAUAUAUCAAGUUCUCCAGUAACUUUUCAAAAUAAGAUUAGAAGCUUCAAAUUGAAGUUUUUGCUUUUGGGUCUCAAA